UUGAUGUAUUAAUUUAAGAAAAAGCAUUAGUGGAUCUGUGCAGUUCCAGAUCCAUACUGCGCGGGGUUAGGGUUGAAAGGUCGCGUUUCCGGCCUUCGGCUGCAGUUGCUCUCUCUGCUUUUGAGAGAGUAUUUUUCAUUUUAAACUUUUUAGUAAAACCGAUUUAAAAUAGGUACUCAACAGCCCCCGGGAGACCAUAUCCAGGCCCUGCAGAGAAUGCUGGCUACAGGAGCAGCUGUAACCACUGCACUGGCGCAAGUGGACAGGGAGAAGAUCUAUCAGUGGAUCAACGAGCUCUCCAGCCCAGAGACCCGCGAGAAUGCCCUGCUGGAGCUCAGCAAGAAGCGGGAGUCCGUGCCCGACCUGGCGCCCAUGCUGUGGCACUCCUGCGGUACCAUCGCUGCCCUCCUGCAGGAAAUUGUCAACAUAUAUCCUUCUAUUAAUCCCCCGACCCUGACGGCACACCAGUCGAACAGAGUGUGCAACGCCCUGGCUCUUCUGCAGUGUGUGGCCUCUCACCCUGAGACCAGGUCUGCGUUUCUGGCAGCACAUAUUCCGCUCUUCCUGUACCCGUUUCUCCACACCGUCAGCAAAACGCGCCCCUUUGAGUACCUGAGACUCACCAGUCUGGGAGUGAUAGGGGCGCUGGUUAAAACUGAUGAACAGGAAGUCAUCAAUUUCCUGCUGACGACAGAAAUCAUUCCCCUGUGCCUCAGGAUCAUGGAGUCUGGCAGCGAGCUUUCCAAAACGGUUGCUACGUUUAUACUGCAGAAGAUCCUCCUGGAUGACACAGGGUUGGCCUACAUAUGUCAGACCUAUGAGCGCUUUUCUCAUGUGGCCAUGAUACUGGGGAAAAUGGUCCUGCAGCUCUCGAAAGAACCGUCUGCGCGCCUUCUGAAGCAUGUUGUACGCUGUUAUCUCCGUCUCUCUGACAACCCAAGAGCUCGAGAGGCCCUGCGGCAGUGCCUCCCCGACCAGCUGAAGGACACCACCUUCGCCCAGGUGCUGAAGGACGACACCACCACCAAGCGCUGGCUGGCACAGCUGGUGAAGAACCUGCAGGAGGGGCAGGUCACAGACCCCCGAGGCAUCCCCCUGCCCCCACAGUAGAGUUACUGCCCAAGGAGGGGCAGGUCAGAGACCCCUGGGGCAUCCCCCUGCCCCCACAGUAGAGUUACUGCCCCAGGAAGGGCAGGUCAGUGACCCCUGGGGCAUCCCCCUGCCCCCACAGUAGAGUUACUGCACCAGGAAGGGCAGGUCACAGACCCCCCAGGGCAUCCCCCUGUGCCCCCAGUUGAGUUACUGCCCCAUCUCCCUGCUGCUGGCACAGAGGGCUGGGGGUUUGAGUCAGGACAGGAAGAGGAAGAUGCAGGAAAACCUGCAGGCACUUCUGAAGCUCUUAGACUGUCAUGAUGAAAAGGUGCUUUGAGUAUUCUGCCCGCAAGCCAGGACCUGUGUGAACAACGUUUGUUUUUAUUUUUUAAGUUCUCAGAAUCACUGCUUUUGUUAAAGUUCUCUGUCUCAUUUACUGCAUUUCAAUCUGCUCGCCGCUCUGUAUUUUUGUUUCUUCUGAGGCAAAAGUGAUCUUCAGUUGCAGUGUUUACUGGAUUCCCACCCUGAUGGCAAUGGAUUUCAGUUUGUUCUGUUAGCUACUGUAAAAAUACUGUACAAUAAACUGCCACUUUUCAAAAA